CGCGUGUGUAGGCUUACCGAUGGCUUCACGAAAAGACUCUGGCUCAGCGGCACCACCAACUACCGUGAUGGCUUCUACCGGCGGUACCUUGGACUCUCCCGUCAAACAGAUCCAGAUUGAGGGUCUGGUGGUCAUGAAGAUUAUCAAGCACUACCAGGAAGAGGGCCAGGGCAGCGAGGUGGUUCAGGGCGUCCUGUUGGGCCUGGUGGUCGAGGACCGGCUGGAGAUCACCAACUGCUUCCCCUUCCCUCAGCACACCGAGGACGAUGCAGACUUCGACGAAGUCCAGUACCAGAUGGAGAUGAUGCGUUCCCUGCGUCACGUCAACAUCGACCAUCUGCAUGUGGGCUGGUACCAGUCCACCUACUAUGGCUCUUUUGUCAGCAGAGCACUCCUCGACUCCCAGUUUAGCUACCAGCAUGCCAUCGAAGAGUCCGUUGUGCUCAUUUAUGAUCCAAUAAAGACGGCCCAAGGCUCCCUGUCCCUCAAGGCCUACAGGCUCACCCCCAAACUCAUGGAGAUCUGCAAAGAGAAAGAUUUCACACCUGAGGCCUUGAAGAAGGCGAGCAUCGGCUUUGAGCAUAUGUUCGAAGAGGUGCCUAUUGUCAUCAAAAACUCCCAUCUCAUCAGUGUCCUGUUGUGGGACCUGGAGGAGAAGUCCACAGUCGCCGAUAAGCACGAACUGCUCAACCUCUCCAGCAGUAACCACUUGGAGAAGAGCCUUCAGCUUCUGAUGGACAGAGUGGAUGACAUGAGCCAGGACAUUGUCAAGUAUAACACCUACAGCCGCAACCUGAGCAAGCAACAGCAGCAGAAGCACCAGUACCUGCAGAGGCGGCAGCAGGAGAACACCCAGCGACAGAGCAGAGGGGAGCCUCCGUUGCCUGAGGAGGACAUCACCAAAAUGUUCAAGCCCCCCCAGCCUCCACCACGCAUGGAUACACUGCUUAUUGCGGGGCAAAUUAACAACUACUGCCAGAACGUGAAGGAAUUCACUUCGCAGAACCUCGGGAAGCUGUUCAUGGCGGAGGCUCUCCAAGGCCACAACUAGAAGAAAGACGAAAAAGAAAGAAAGAAUCAGCAGGAGAGGGAAAGAAAGUGCUCAGAGGAUGAUAAAAGAAAGGUAACAGAGAUGCAAAACCACCUAGAUGACGACCGAAGGAGAGCCACGAUGUUUGUCUUCUAAGAAUUUACUGUUUUUAUGCAUAACCCCAUCUUGAAUAUAAAAUAAUCUUUUGAAGAUGACUUAAUUUUGAUUUGAAUAAAACUCUUGCAUCUCUA